AUGGUGCCGAAGCUUCCUAACAAUGUCGUUGAACCCAGGAGAAAACCAACCAUGGAAACUAACACCAUUGGAGAAACUUCAUCCAGUGGAAGUGUUAAAGUUUAUAAGCCAAGGAGUUUUACUUAUAGAGAACUAGCAAAGGCAACAGCAGGUUUCUCCGAGACCAAUAUACUUGGCGAGGGUCUUUUUGGUGUAGUUUAUAAGGGACUCCUACCCAGAGAAGUCAAUUUUGCCAUUAAAAAACUAAAAGACCUUCCAAAUAAACAGCAGAAAGCAGAAUUUGAGAAGAAGAUUAAGGAUAUUAGCAGUGUGAAUCACUCAAAUAUUGUUAACCCGAUGGGGUACUGCAUUGACAAAAAUCUCAAUAGAUUGCUUGUUUUAGAGUAUGUUCCCAGCAGUAAAAUCAUACAUGGAGAUAUGAAGACAAAUAAUAUUAUACUUGAUAACAAUUUUGAGCCGAAGAUAGUUGAAGCUCUUGAAGGACAUAUUCCUCUAAAGAAUAAAUGGGAUGGGAAUGACAACAUAUUCCUACACAGUUGUUUUUAA